GGGAAGCAGGAGCUGUGAAACCCCUGUGCUUGCUUCUCUUGGCAUUACUGACCUCCAGCUGUGUGGUCAUGUCUGCCACCCGUGCUAUGGCUGAGGAGCUCGGGUACAAACACACUUGGAAAAUCAGUCUAGAUACCACAUCCAGCAGAGCCAGAGGCACCAGGUGAAGCAGUACCUGACCCUUGACACCAAGCUGUCCAGCCAGACACUCUCCCUGUCCCACUCUCACACAAUCCAGCCGGUGGGAGUGAGCUCCAUUCUCCGGAACGCACACAUGCCUCCAGUGAGCAGCACUGGCGCUCCAGAAAGCCCUGUCACCAAGCUGCUGGCCCUGGGAGGCGAACACCAAAAUGCGAUGGAAGAAGUUAUUGAAGACAUAAUCAAUAUGGAAUCAAAUUUUAAUGAUGAAGUGAUAGGUUGUUCUGAAACUCCUUUACUAAUGCAAAGAACUCUAUCUAGCAGCAUUUUGGAUAUAUAUAACAGUGACCAGGGAAUGGCACCAGCUAAUAUGGGUCUCACAAAUGCUUCUUGCCCAGCUAAUCUACCAGUAAAAAGGGAGCUCACAGCAGAUACAAGAGCAAUGGCAAAGGAGAGACAAAAAAAGGAUAACCACAAUCUCAUUGAGAGAAGAAGAAGGUAUAAUAUUAAUUACCGAAUCAAGGAGCUUGGCACACUCAUCCCCAAGUCUAAUGAUCCUGAUAUGCGCUGGAACAAAGGAACUAUUUUAAAAGCAUCGGUAGAGUACAUCAAGUGGCUACAAAAAGAACAACAGAGAGCCAGAGAAUUAGAACACAGGCAGAAGAAAUUAGAGCAUGCUAACAGAAGACUUCUACUCCGAGUUCAGGAACUGGAGAUCCAGGCACGUGCACACGGCCUUCCAGUCAUGUCUUCGCUCAGUGCUGUGGAUUUAGCUGCACAGGUCAUCAAGCAACAAUCUUACCCAGAGGAGAACUCUGUAGACUAUUCACAGCCAAUGCCUCUGGUACAUGGACAAAAUUCUGAUGUCUGCGAUGGAUCCACAGCCUUUUCUGAUCCACUUUCACACUUCACAGAUCUGUCCUUCAGCGCAGCUUUAAAAGAAGAACAACGACUAGAGGAAAUUUUAUUGGAUGACACAGUGUCACCAUUUGGAACAGACCCACUCUUGUCCUCCACAUCUCCAGCUGCAUCAAAAGAGAGCAGCAGAAGAAGCAGCUUUAGCACAGAUGAUGGAGAUGAUUUAUAAAAGCAGAAAGGGUCUCAUACUUCUCUAAACCAUGUGUUAAAAGACUGAGUUGAACAUAAGCAUGGUGUUUGCUCUUAUUUUAAAUACCUAUAAGGAGAGACACUGUAAAAAUCAAUUACUACAUGACAAGGGUUUCAAUCAGCCCUUACUUCACAAGAAAAUAAGAUGGACAUGAACUCACAUCGCUCUGCCCCAAAUUCACCCUCUGUUCACAGCUGACAUUUGCAUAAAUCUCUCUUCACUGGGAAUAUUUUUACUAUCACUUCGUGACUUUUUAUAGUACUACAAAAAUCAUUACCACAAAAGGUAUAUCCGUGUUGCAAAACUGUAUUCAAACUCUUUUCAAUCUUCUUAUACUUUUCUCUGCUACAAAUAUGAGUUUUAGUAAUUUGUUAAUUUCUUUACUUUUUUGGUAACUAAAAAAUCUACAAAAUGUGAAGCAACAGAGAACUAUUUAAGCUGGAAACUGUGGAGUUGUUACAGGUUUUAAAAUCUAAAAAAGUCAAAUGGUAAUGCUUUCACACAAGUGAGCAUGAAGUUUAAACUGUGUGGUCUUCUUUUUAAAAGGAGAAAGUCCAUUAAGCUUUCCAUGGAAUUCCAUUAGUUUUUCUGAUUUCGUUUGUAGAAAAAGAACAUUUUUUUAUGGAAGCUAACAUAAUGACAGUGAUUCAAAUGAACUCAGACAGAAAAAGACAGCAUUGCAGCAGAAAGUCUGUGUGGAUAUACAAGACAGUAUAGACACUCCAUGUUACAGUUAGCACAAUUUAAAACAACCACUUCUUGUGACAGUGCUAUGUCAGCUACUUAUUCUAAGAAUAUUCAAACUGUGUCCUUUUUUAUGUGGAAGAAAUUGGAAUUCAGAUACAACACUGGGCUGUUGGGUGGCACUUUCAGUGUUCUUUGACAUCACAUUGAGGCUUUUCCAAAGGGACUCUAUCCAUACACGUGCUUUUGAUCCAUUUGGAAGCAGAAGAAAAUGACAAUAUUCCGAUUGCAUAGACCAUAAACAACAGAAUUGAAUUUCAUAUUUGGCUUUGGACUCCCUGAAGAAAAGCUGGAAAGGAAGAUUCAUCAAACUGAAGGGAAUAUUCAAAAACACUGAUGUGAUGCACUAGCUCUCAUAACCAGCUUGCUAGGAGGGGGCAUUCAGAAAACUCACUCCUAUACACAGUGAAAUUCUGGAGAGCAAUGUACGUUCCUGAAGAACAUUAAAUGAAAUAAUUCCAACUGUAAUAUUAAAACAUGGGAAAAUAAACUGGAACAGGUUCUUCAUAACUCUUCCUCAAUCAAAACCAAAAAUCAUAUUAGGGGAUUGUUAUGGUUUAACCCCAGGCAGAAACCAAGCCUCACUCAGCCAUUUGGUCACCGCCCAGCCAGAGUGAUUAGGGAGAGAAUUGGAAGGGUAAAACCUGGAAGGCUCUUGGGUUGAGAUAAAGACAAUAAUAAGGAAGACAAAAGCUGUGCACAAAAGUGAAGCAAAACAAGGCAUUAAGUCGCUGCCUCCCAGGGGCAGGCAGCUGUUCAGCCAUCUCCAAGAGAGCAGAGCCCCAUCACAUGUAAAGGUGACUUGGAAAGUCAAAUGCCAUCACUCCAAAAUCUCCACCCCCUCCCCCUUUUUCCCCCCACUUUAUAUAUUGAGCAUGAUUUGAUGUGGUGUGGAAUAUCCCUUGGUCAGUUUGGGUCACCUGUUCUGGCUGUGUCUCCUCCCAACCUCCCAUGCACCCUCAGCUCCACUGCCAGUGUGUCAGUAUGAAUGCAGAAAAGGCCUUGGCUCUGUGAAAGCCCUGAUCAGCAACAACAAA